UGCCAUUAGUGGUGCAGAUUUGCGUCAGUGUUGUCGAGGCAAACGGUUUGGAUACGAUUGGUAUCUACCGUAUACCGGGAAAUACAGCCGCGGUGAACGCGCUGAAAGAGAUGUUCGCACAUUCAUUGGAUACGAUGACUCUGGAUUUGAGUGAUCCACGAUGGCGAGAUGUCAAUGUCGUAUCCAGCCUGCUCAAAAUGUUCCUAAGAAAAUUACCCGAACCUCUUCUCACCGACAAACUUUACCCGUUUUUCAUCGAUGCAAAUCGAAUAGCAAGCCAUCACAACCGGCUUCACAAACUGAGGAAUUUGUUGCGGAAGCUGCCCCGACAUCAUUAUGCCACAUUGAAGUACAUCAUCUACCACUUGUCGGAGAUCACGAAAAAUAGCGCUGUGAAUAAGGUGAGGAGCUUUCUGAUGGGAAAAUGA